AUGUCCGACGCGUACAACUUCUGUUUUCCUCUUCCUCCGUCCCUGGAGUCAGAAAAGGUCAAGCUCGUCCCGUUUGUGAUGGAAAAACACGCCGCCCCCUUCAUCCCCCUCCACCAAACCCACGCGCGCUACUUCGAGCACGUUCCCUUCGGCCCCUGGACAUCCGUCAACGAGAUGCGCGCCGCCAUCGAACCCCGCAUCCUCAACGACCCCACCGCCGUCAUGUUUGCCGUCCUCGACAAGUCCAUGCUCCGUCCUGUCGAUACUCCCAAUGAGCAUGACGCCGUCGACACGCCCGGGGAAACCAACGCCGUCGACACGCCCGACGAAACCAACGCCGUCGCCGGCUGCAUCGGCUACCUCGCCGCCUCGCCCGCUAACCUCUCCGCCGAGCUCGCCUUCGUGCUCUGCCUCCCCGCCUUCCAGGGCAAGCACAUCGCGUCCGAGGCGUCGCGACUGCUCAUGCACCUCGCGCUGGACACACCAGAGCAGGGCGGGCUGGGCUUGCGGCGGCUAGAAUGGCGCGCAAACUCGCUGAACGUGAAGAGCAUCCAACUGGCGAUGCACUUGGGCUUCCGGCUGGACGCAAUCCUUCGGUGGCACUUCGUGUUCCCUGAGCACAAGGCUGGCAAUGGUCGAAGCAUACGAGAGGGUGAUCCCAGGCCGGGCACGAAAGGCAGAGACACUGCAGUUCUGAGUCUCACCUGGGACGACUGGGAAAACACCCUGCUUCAGAAAUGA